AUGUCUACAAAGCCGAGCUGGACUGCCGUCACUGUUGGCGAGUGCAUGAACGAACCUGUUGAGAACUGGUACAGAAAUAGCGCUCCGGGUGUCAAGCCUAGCGCUAGCCCUUCAUCUUCUGCGCCUGUCCCUACUCCCACCGGACCUACCUCAAUCGAUGGCAUGUGCGGUAGCGUGUCUGGUCAAUCUUGCAUUGGCUUCAACGGCCCCGCUGGUCUUAGCGAGUGCUGCUCUCCCUCAGGAUGGUGCGGGAACACCGACGACUACUGCGGCACUGGAUGCAACCCUAAGUUCGGGAAGUGUGGCCCUCAGCCAUCUGCCGUCGCAUCUACCACCUCUGCUGCGCCUCUUCCCACUGUAUCACUUACGACCUCGACUGAUGGCGACUGUGGUUACGCUGCGGGCAAGACUUGCAAGGGUUUCGCUCUUGAUGGGGUCAAGUCAGAGUGCUGUUCGCAACACAACUACUGCGGCAGCUCUGAGGACUACUGUGGCCAGGGAUGCAACCCGCUAUAUGGCAACUGUGGAUCUUCUGGUUCCAGCUCCAGCGUUUCUAUCUCGGCAUCUGCUUCCACCAGCGUCUCGGCUUCUGACUCUCACUCUGAGUCAGCCAGCUCUUCUUCACAUGUCGCAUCAUCCACCUCCGUCAGUGCCUCUGCGUCUGUGAGCAUGACUUCAGUCGUUGAUGCUUCCGCGUCUACGUCGACGUCAGCCUCCCGCUCUGAUGUUUCAGCCUCACAGCCCGCUCAAUCCACCACUGUUCCCUCUACAACUUCGUCUGCAUCCGCCGCAGUUAGCACUCACGAGGUUUCCUCCACCCCCGAGUCUAAGACCUCAUCGGCCUCAGUCCACGUCUCCACUUCUGAGACUGCGUCUGCAUCAGCCACCCCAUCCGCUUCCGUCUCCGCCUCGUCCGUGUACCCCACAACGACUGCUGACGUUCACUCCACUCACACUCCCGACGCUGCUUCCACCAGCACACCCAUCGCUUCCACCCCAGUCUCCAAGGAUAACACCCAUCCCUCCACCACCGCUACUGCCGUAUACAGCCAAGGCUCGACCAUGUCAACCAUAGUACGUCCCAUCUCCACUUCCUGUACCGACGACAAGAAGAUUCCCACACCUACCCCUACCGGUCCUCCAGUCAGCAAAGAUGGCAAGUGCGGCACUGCCAACGGUGGCCAGACAUGCGCUGGCUACAAGGAUCCCUUUGGCCAGAGCGUUCAGUGCUGCUGCAAGGAGAGCGGAAAGUGCUCGAAUGAUCCUUGGGCGUGUGGUGUUGGGUGUGAUGCGAAGUUUGGAAAGUGUAACAAGUAUUAG